CCCCAACCCUUUCCAAUCCUUUUUUCUCUUUUUAUUUGGGGAGGGGGCCAAGGUCUCAUGAACCCUAGGAUAACCUUAAACUUUCCAUGUAGCUGAGGAUAGCCUUGAAGUCCAGAACCUCCUGGCUCCACCUGCUAAGUGCUGGGAUUACAAGCACAUGCCACCUUCCCAGCUUUCUGAGUCUUGGGUUUCAGUAGAAUCCCUCUCCUCCAUGCCCACGCCAUGCCCAGUCUCUGCUUACCUCUGACAUAGGAUGUUUCGGAAGGGGCUGUUUGAUUCCUUCCCCCUCUCGACUCCCUGGUUUAUGUCCUGCCACUUGCCCCAGGCAUGGAGCUGCAGUGUGUCAAGGCACCCCUAAAACAAUGGCCUGCAGGCACACCCACCUGCUGGACCUCUUCCCCGGAACCAUCCCGAAGCAUCUCACUUCUUUGGUGUCCAUGCCAGACUCUCAUUUUCCUGAAAACUGGCUUGCUUUCUUAGUUGUCUGUCUUAGUGAAGUGAAUGGCAGCCCCCCGUCUCUGAAUUCAGAAACCAGUGCCUCUAGACCAACCCACGUCCCUCAUCACGUCUGUUCUCAGAGCCUCCUCCAGAUCCCUCACUGCUUGCCCGAGUUCUGCAGAGACUCUAUGGAGAUCUCACUAUCGUCCGUCUCACUACUUUCCUGGCUCUGCCCUGCUGCCUUCAUAAUACAGUCCACACGGUCCAUACCUCCACUGGCCUCCCAGAGCCUCUCAGCCUGGCUCAUGUGGCCCUCUCUGGUUGGCCUCUGAUGCUCAUCUCCAGACAUUAUUUACUUACUUUUUUUUUUUGCCAUUAUUUUUCUCUUCCACCACAGACAUCAUUUUUGUCCUCCAAAGGCUCUGGAAUAUACUAUUGUGUUUCUCCCUGGAGGGAUUUCUUUAAAUCAAUUUUAUUUGUUUGUCUCUUCUCCACUGUCUCUUAAACCUGCCCCCUCUUCUGGAGUCACCUGACGUCUCUGGCCCUGUCCCAGUCCUGAUCUCACGUGGUAGUUAUGUGUUUACUGUCUCAACAGCUGGGCAGCAUGUGUCCCCAGACAGGCUCUAUUUGAUACAGGUGUUUCCCAGCCUGGGACUUCAGACUGGGGAACAGCAUCAGAUUAGGGGCGAUUUGAUGAACGAGUGAUAAAGAGAACCGCAACCAACCAGUUUGUGGCAAGCCCUGGUGGCCAGACAGUUUGAAGGAGAUCCGCCAUUGGCCCUGGGAAGUGAGCGUUCGCAUAGAAAAUGAACACGUGUGUGGAGGGGCCCUCCUUGAUUUCAGUUGGGUGAUCUCUGCAGCUCACUGCAUCCAAGGGUGAGUGUGACCCAUGAUUCCAGGCUCUAGAGGCCUAGCACUACCAUGGGCCCAGCCCAGCUUCCUCAGUACUUCUAUGAAACGAUGAAGGAGACAGGAAGAGUCACCAGCACAGGGAGAGAGUCAGGCUCAGGAUCUCACAGAUCUUGGGACUACGUUGGGGUGGAACCCCAAACAACAGAGACUGUAUCCUAAGCUGGGCAACAGGAAAACCCAGACCCCCACCCCAGGAGUGACACCCACACACCUUGACUCAAUGGGACUGUGAAUGAAAGGGCUGUUAUGACUUUGACCAUGAAUGCCCAGACUGAAUUAAUCCAGACGGAGUGGACAGAGUAUGUCUCGCGGGACUUCAGGGAAAGGAAGGGUCCUGGGAGGAGGCAGGUGCAUAGUUGUGUGGGAAACGGAUGUCUGCCAGGUGGGCUUCUGUAUCUCCUGCAGCAACAAAGAAUACUCAGUGAUGCUGGGUAGCAGCAAGCUGCAACCCAAAGGCUCUUCCUGGGCCCGGAAGAUUCGUGUGGGUGACAUCAUUUUACAUCCCAAGUACUGGGGCCGGAACUUCUUCAGAUUCGAUAUUGCCCUUCUCCAUCUGGAUAUUCCUAUCACCUACAACAAGUAUGUGCAGCCCAUCUGUCUCCCAGAGUACAACUUCAACUUGAAGGUUGGGACUCAGUGCUGGGUGACUGGCUGGGGGCAGACUAAGAAGCACUCCUCGGACAACUUGACACUGACUCCAGAGCUCUGGGAGGCAGAGGUAUUCAUUAUGGACAACAAAAAGUGUGACCGUGUUUUCCACAAGAAGUCCUUCUAUCCCCGAGUUAUCCCCCUUAUCCGGAAGAACAUGAUCUGUGCCACUAAUUAUGGAGUGGACUCGUGCUAUGUGAGUUUCUGGGGGCUUUGUGCAACUCUCUUUCUGAGGGAGGAUCCUGGGGGGCCGUUGGCUUGUGAAAUUGAUGGAAGAUGGAUUCUGGCUGGGGUGUUAUCGCGGAAGAAGGCUUGCAUCGAAGCUCAGAAUCCAGGUGUAUACACUCGCCUCAGCAAAUUUACCAGAUGGAUCCAGGAGCAAAGGAACCACGGGGCACUGCCAGCGCCCUGCAGGGCCUCCUACCCCCUACUCCUGUUCUGGCUGCUGCAGCUCCCAGUGGGUCUGUGACUUCUUCACACCUCCUCUUCCUGAUUUGCCUCUGCUAAAUGGCACUAGGUAGAUGAUUGAUCGAGGUUGCAUGUCCAUAUUCCACAGAAGUCAGGGCAGGAACGGAGUGGUCCCUGGAGAGCUUGAGUCCUCAGGGAGGGGUGUGGUGAAUGACUAGGCCUUGAGUGGCCAGGAGAAGGGGACUGUGGCUUGGAAGCAACAUUCUGGAAUUUAAGACAAGAGCAGAGAUUAAAUAUGUGUAAGCAUGA